GCUGCUCUUGUCUUUGAAUCGCUUCUUGGCGAGCUCCUCCAGUGCCUCCUGGAACUGCUCAAAGGUGAUGGUCCGGCAAGACUUCCCUCUGCAGGGGCACAGGCAACUUAGGGCUGGGCGCAGGCCGGCCCAGGGCUGCCCGCGCCGGCGUGGGUCCGAGCAGAGCUGGGCGGCCAUUGCCCAGCAACUCACAGGAUUCACCCGCAGGCGGCCGCCCUGGUAGCACCGCAAAUCCAAACUGUCUUGGAAGAAAGCUUGGCGGAAGCAGGUCCUCUAUAAAGCUGGAUGCUCACACGGCCCUGCAGGCCGCUCUGACACUGGGUGCCUGUGGGUCUGCACUCUGCUGGGGCGGUGGGGGAGGCCAUUAGGGAGCAGAGCCCACCUCCUCUUCCGGGGGCCACCACAGCCCCGCCCAGCUGCGCCAAGAGUUGGAGGUCCUAGGACCUGCUGGGGCCCCCGCUCUGCCUGUGUGUGUUGGGGUCCCAGGUGGAGGUGUCCCCCACACAGGAACAUGGUUAGGAGGGGCCGCCGCCCCCACCCCCGGACACUUGGUAGCAUGGGCACAGGCCCACACUUCAGACCCCCUGGCUCCAAAACCCGCCAGGCGGCCCGCUGUGCCCCUGCGCUGCCCUGGCCUCAGAGGUGCAGAGCCAGAUGCGGGAGGUGUGGUGAGCAGCUCCUGGUCACACAACACAGCUGCAUCUAAACACACUCUACACCUUACAACAUCCUCCACCACAGGCCAUUCAGGCAAUUUCAGAGGGUUCUAAACUGACGCUUGGUCUCUUAUAUAAUAAUUCUAAUUAGAAAACAUUUUUCUCCUCUGAUCAGAUCUACCACAACUAACCCAAAGUAGGGUUUUUCAUUGUUUAAAACAAGAGAUCCUGUGGAUGAGGCUCAGUUCUGCAAAAGCCACCUGCAUUUCACCAGGGAAGCCUCUGGAACAGCGCGAGAAGGGCUGCACCCAGCAGGUCAAGCAUUCCAAGGGCACUCCCAGCUGCAGAAUCCACCACAGUGACCAAGAUUCAGGAGACAAAUGACCCAUAAAACCCGAGCAAGCCUUUCCAGAAGUCAAUGAACAGAGGGCCUAGAAUAGCCAAAACGAUUUCAAGAAAUGAGAACAAUCAGAGGACUGACUACCCAACUCCAAAGCUCAUCCAGGCUUCACUGCAAAGUGGCAGUGACGUGGGCAUGGGCACACUGCCAGCCCCGCAGCCCGGGGAGUCCGGCUCAGCCACACGCAUGCCAUCCGCGGAUGUCCACAGGUGCAGAGGCAAGCCAGAGAGAAAGGACUGCCUCUUCCACAAGUGGAGCUGGAGCAACUGGUGAUCCCUGUGCAAAUUAAAAUGCACUUUGGUCUAUACUGCACACUAUAUACAAAACUAACUCAAAAUAGAGGACAGUCCUAAUUAUGAAACUAAAACAAACUUCUAGAAGAACACCAAAAGAAGAUCUCUGUGACCUGGGAUUAGGUGAAGAUUUCUUAGAAAUGGCAACAAAACAUGGCCUAUAGUGGAAAAAAUGGAUGAACUGGACUUCAUGGAAACUGUGCUCUCAGAAGAUACCCUUAAGACAAUGAGAAGACAAGCCACAGAGUAGGAGACAUGCCUGAGAAAGGACUUGUCUCUCAGAUACACAAAGGAACCUUAAAACUCAGCAGUGAGAAAAAAAAUUCCAUGUGAAAAGACGGGCAGAAUAUUUGAAGCAGCAAUAUUCAGAGAAAACACGUGCAUGCAGGCAAGCACACGGAGAGGCGGCUGCCAUGGCGCCCUCAGGGAAGUGUGGGCAAACACACGGAAAGCCGGCCGCGUCUGCGCCCUCAGGGAAGUGCGGACAAGGACACGGAGAGGCGGCUGCCAUGGCGCCCUCAGGGAAGUGCUGACAAACACACGGAGAGGCGGCCGUGGCCGCGCCCUCAGGGAAGUGCCCACAAACACACGCAGAGGCAGCCGCCUUGGCGCCAUCAGGGACGUGCGGACGGACAAGCACACGGAGAGGCGGCCGCGUGGGCGCCCCCAGGGAAGUGCCGACAAGUACAGGGAGAGGCGGCUGCCAUGGCGUCCCCAGGGAAGUGCGGACAGACAAGCACACCCAGAGGCGGCUGCCAUGGCGUCCUCAGGGAAAUACCGACAGACACAUGAAGAGGCGGCCGCCAUGGCGCCCUCAGGGAAGUGCGACAGACAAGCACAGGGAGAGGCGGCUGCCAUGGCGCCCCCAGGGAAGUGCUGACAAGUACACGGAGAGGGGCUGCCAUGGCUCCUCAGGGAAGUGCUGACAAACACACAGAGAGGCGGCUGCGUGGGCGCCCUCAGGGAAGCACGGACAGAUAAGCACAGGCAGAGGCGGCUGCCAUGGUGCCCCCAGGGAGUGCCUACAAGUACAGGGAGAGGCGGCUGCGAUGGCGCCCUCAGGGAAGUGCGGACAGACACACGGAGAGGCGGCCGCCGUGGCGUCCUCAGGGAAGUGCGGACAGACAAGCACACGGGGAGGCGGCUGCCAUGGCGCUCUCAGGGAAGUGCGGACAGACAAGCACACGGAGACGAGACAGCGUUGGCGUCCUCAUGGAAGUGCGGACAGACAAGCACAUCGGGAGGCGGCUGCCAUGGCGCCCUGGGGGAAGUGCCCACAGACAAGCACAUGGAGAGGAGGCAGCAUUGCCGCCAUCAGGGAAGUGCGGACAGACAAGCACAUGGGGAGGCGGCUGCCAUGGCGCCCUGGGGGACGUGCCCACAGACAAGCACAUGGAGAGGAGACAGCAUUGCCGCCAUCAGGGAAGUGCGGACAGACAAGCACAGGGAGAGGGGCCGCCAUGGCGCCCUCAGGGAAGUGCGGACAGACAAGCACACGGAGAGGA